AUGACUCAGACUUCAUACAUAGAUAUCAUAAGAAAAAUAGAUAGCUUUACCUACGAAGAGGAUGAAUUCUACUAUAAGUUGAGGGCCCAUGAUGGUUCUGCUACUUUGGGCUACAUAACACCAACAAUUUCAAAGUAUUUUGAAGACGAGCAAGACAUUCUACUUGAUGCUGAAAAAAAGACAUUAACAAUAUCCCCUUAUUUGGAUACUAUCGAGAAAAGAAAUGCUUUGUUCAGCCUGAUUGCUACAAAAUGGCGCAAGAUACCUUACUUCUCAGAAUCUCUUGAUAAGGGCUGGAGAAACGAAUUGUACACUGUGUAUAACCCUACCCACACUCCAUAUGUGCAGAUUGAACGUGCAUUCUCUGUCUUAAUUGGAGUUAUAACGUAUGGGGUUCAUAUAAAUGGAUACAUACCUCCCCAUAAAUCUUCAAACGGUAAUCUCAAAAUGUGGGUUCCUAGAAGAUCUGCUACAAAACCAACAUAUCCGGGUAUGCUUGACAAUACUGUUGCAGGAGGACUAGGUUAUCCGUAUGGUAUUUGGGAGACUGUUAUUAAGGAAUGCUACGAAGAGGCUGGGUUAGGAGAAGAUUUUGUUAACAGUCAUGUUAGGUCCGCUGGUGUUGUUCUGUAUAUCUUCGAACCGAACGGUCAUAAGGACACAGUACAACCAGAAGUAGAGUACAUAUAUGAUCUAGAGUUUGAUAAUGAAACGGAUGUUCUUCCUUAUCCCGAAGACGGCGAGGCUGAAGAUUUUACCUUGAUGGAUGUUAGUGAAGUAUUGGACAGAUUACUUAAUAAUGAAUUUAAGCCAAAUUGUGGUUUAGUAGUUACAGAUUUCUUAGUUAGACACGGUUACAUUACACCUGAAUCAGAUGAGAAUUAUCUUGAGAUCGUAUCUAGAUGUCAUAGAAUGAUGCCGUUUCCAACUAUAUAG